GGAGUUACCGGUUUAACCGCCUCAACCACAACCGCGCAACGGGCCUCUCCCUGAAACACCGGACCGUUAACAGCCUGACUGGAGCCACCGGCCUCUUCCAGGCCGGACUGCGACGAGCCACGCCGGAUAACGGCUUAAGAAGAAAGAAAAGAAAGAAGUUAUGUUCAGCUUCUUCCGAAAAAGUCAAGACUCGAAGAAGGUUACAGUUCCAGAGAGAGAGGCAGAUGGAUUCGUUAUUGUGGGUGACACGAUUGAUGAUCAAAGUAGAGAGUCAAAGGAUAAAACUUCCUUCCCAGAGACCAGACCGAUGUACAACCAACCUGCACAGGUGGGCACGGGGCAGCGGUCGCAGGUGACGGGCUCAGGUGCAGAGGUGGGAAAGGAAGGGGGUCAGACUUUGGAAGGCAGCCCCCUCAUGUCAGAGCUGCUGAGCGACGUGCCCUUCGCUCUGGCACCCCACGUCUUGGCCGUCCAGGGCACCCGGAGCGACCUCCCCGACCGGCUGCUCGCCUACGACGUCAACGAUAACUUAUCCAGGUUUUGGUAUGACUUUACGCUUGAAAACUCAGUGCUUUGUGAUCCGUAAUGUUUGUGGUUGGGGUUUUGGGGUUUUUGUGGUGUUUUUUUUAAUUAUUUCUUCUGUUUGUGUCAAGGAACAAGUCUUAAGGUGAACAUAAAGACUCAUUUUAAUUGACUUAAUAUUUUGGGGGCCUGCCACUGGUCUAUCGGAUGCGUUGCAUCAAAAGGAUUAUUAUUCACAACUGUAUUAUAUUUUUUUGCUUUACAUGAACUGUACCUUACUGUGGUAAAUACUGUUUAUCUCCAAAGAAAUCAAGCAAAACCAUUUCAGCCCGAGCAGGAGCCUGGCUGUCGGUGUCUCCUUCCAGUAGGUGGGCUGCAGAGACAAACAUUUCAUAACUUCAGGAUGAAGUUGAGGCACAUCUGUGCUGUUUUGUUAUUUCCCUCACACAUUGAGCACAUCGAUCCUGCUACACGUGUUUCUUUGAGGUCACCUCGGGUUUCCUACAGGUAGAAACCAGUGUUACUGCUGAAGCAACGCUGCUCCGCGCUGCUGGACGGACAGCUGUCCACUCAAACCCAGCCUCCAAACUCAGAGUUAAUGAUGAGUGCUGAAAUUAUCAUGAAAGUUUAAUAGAAUCAGUUAAACUCACCCGUUCCAACGUGAGAAUGGGUCUCUCUGGCUGCUCCCUUCCCAGUGGAUGGUAUUUUUUGGUGCCUGGAGCCCUGCUCCCCACCCGGCUGCUGGUUGUUCUCAGCGCCACAUGUGGUCCUGAUUUAGACCCCCCCCUUCCCACUUUAACCUCUGUGCCCCCCGAAGAAGGAAAUCUCAGGACGCGGCCUUUUAAUGGUCACACCCUCCUUUUUUUCAUUUGCCUGCCAGAGAUACAGAUGGCAAUGUUUAACAACAGGAAAACGUUACACUGGUUCUCAUCCAGGGAAUGGAAGGGCUCGGUACCUCCCGGUGCCUCCUCCCCACCCCACCAAAUUUGGGUGGGUUUUGCCCAAUUCAAGCCAGAGCAGCAGCUCCCCAGGCACCUCGUGCGGAGUAACGAGCUGUUUUCCCUCCUGGGGCAGAAUAUUUACAUUGUGCCAAACGUCUGUGGGUAUUGUCCUAUAUUUUCUAUGCUCUGUGGUCGCUUAAAAUAGAUAUAUUUUCAAACUUGUGUCCUCUGACAGUGUCUGAGAGAAAUGCUGUAAAUGACGGGAGAUGAAUACGUCUUAGGUUGUUAAAUAGUCAUGUUUUAGAUUUUUUUUUGUAAAUGUAUGUAUUUAAUAUUUUUGAAAGCUGUGUUCAUAAAUGUUUGGAAGUUGUUGUUUCAGGGAAAGUAUCUGUGCUGCAAUCCAAUAAAAAAAUUGCUAAUUAA